UGGAUUUACUAGAAUUCUGUGUUAAAUGAAAUGAUUACAGUUGUGCAAGGAGUUACACAGAACAUGGUUUCAGUGGUUUGCCCCUACCAUGUUUUCAUGAGCCCAUGUGACAGAGAGGGGAGGGCAGGGACCCAAACACAGAAAAAAGGAGUUAGACACAAGAAUGUGAUAGGAGAUGGAAAUGAGUGUGUGAGUGAGCACAGUGAAGUCACAGAAGUUGUCAGCGUGAAAUUAAGGCGAAAGCAACAGCACAGUAAACACACAGUGUUGGCCUGAGUGCCACAAUGAAUGUGACAGAAGUCUACAACAGGAUAGCUAACAUCUAUAAUGAGGGUAAUUUCUCUGGAAAUGGAAGCAUGGAUGUCCUGAACGCCUCCCCUAAGCUAACCAAAGCCAUCAAUACCAUCACCAUUGUCGUGCUCUUCUUCACCAUGAUAUCCCUUGGCUGUAUGAUGGAGAUUUCCAAAAUUAAGACCCAUCUCCUGAAGCCAAAAGGAGUAGCCAUUGCACUGCUGGCCCAGUUUGGCAUCAUGCCCCUGGCCGCUUUCUGUCUAGCCAAACUCCUAGAGAUGCAUCCCAUCAAGGCUGUGACUGUGCUCAUCUGCGGCUGCUGUCCAGGGGGAAGCUUGUCAAACAUUUUUUCCCUGGCCAUACAGGGUGACAUGAACCUCAGCAUCGUAAUGACCACUUGUUCCAGUUUCGCGGCUUUGGGUAUGAUGCCUUUACUGCUCUAUAUCUACUGCAGAGGCUUCCCAGGGCUGGAAAAUGCUGUACCAUUCGUCGGCAUCAUCACUACUCUUGUGCUCACCCUGGUGCCUUGUAUAAUUGGCAUUCUCAUUAAUCACUACAAACCAAACUACACACCAGUCGUCAAAAAAGCUGGUCUCAGCAUCCUGAUAAUCGUCGGCAUCAUACUAUUCAUCCUGUCUGGUAUCUACGUCAGAGACAAAAUAUGGAUGGUCCUCACAGCUGAUGUUCUGGCUGUGGCUGCACUGAUGCCACUGAUUGGCUUUAUGCUGGGAUAUAUCAUGUCUGUCUUAUGCAGACUCAGUCCACAAUGCAGCAGGACCAUCUCCAUGGAAACGGGCUGUCAAAACAUUCAGCUGUGUGUUGCCAUCCUAAAGGUGACCUUUUCCCCGCAGGUCAUAGGACCCAUGUUUCUCUUCCCACUGAUAUACAUCCAAUUGCAGUGUGCUGAGGCCCUUCUCCUGAGCCUGUGCUUCAGAUGUUAUCAAAGAUUCAAGCCACCAGCUGAGGAUACAAGAAUAUACAACACUGUUGACGUUAAACAAGAGGAAGUGAAGCAACCAUGACAGCUUCACAGAUGACAACACAGUGCUGGAGAAGGAAACGAACGAGAGCUGAAUCCUACCUACUGAGGAUGCAGCUAUUCAGCCCCCUGUCUCAAUAUUACCUGCAUAUUCUUCGCUCAGGCCUGUGAUACUGACAGAAAGACUUAGAGACUGUUAGAGAAUGUGCAACAACUAAUACUUUAAUUAUCAUUUACUUGAUCAAGCCUAUACAGUGUUAACUACGGGCAGUGCAUGUUGAAGUAGGAAGUCAAUAAUUUAAAAAAAUUUAUUUUUCAUUUUGUAUUCAAAAUAUCUGGUAUAAGACGUUAUGACUAAAGCCAUUUCAGCACAUUUUGAUGAAUAUGAAUAAUUGAGUUUAUAAAACCACAAUUACUGACGUGUCAUUUGCUCUUUUGUGCUAUGUGUUAUCAAGUACUUUAAUAAAAAUAUGUCAGACCUAAGAGAAAAGUCAAUCUCAGAUGUGAAAAGCAGUCUGAUGAAGAAGGAUACAGGCAAUUUGAACACCUCAAAUGAUAUUUAAUCAAAAUGAUCGUAUGGUAUAUAUACAGAGUAAACUUAACUUUUUACAUAUAUUAAAAUACCAUCUUCCCAAACCAAAAAAUCCAUUCCUCAGUCCAAAAGUAAAUUCAAUGGACAGUGAAAGAAAGCAAACACUGACAUUACACUAAUCUGUACACCUACUCAUUUUUGUGUUGGAUCUUUCCAACCAUGUUUACAGUGUCACAUAUAACGUGCCUGCAGUAGGAUUAAAACUGAAGCGGCAAAGUGAAAAGACCUACCUUUGUGUGUUUUUUUUUUUUUUUUUAAACUUUAUCAAAAGAAGUCAUGGCUGAUCAACAGCAUUCUGGACACAAAUAAUUUAAAUACAUAUUUCAAUUUCCUGUUAAGUUAAACAGGAAUUUCCAAGCAGCCUGCAUAAAAAAAGAAUAAUAUUUUCCGGUGUACAAGUGAUGUGUCUGACAAAGCCACACAUAAUAUCACUAAGCAGUGGAGGCAUUUAAUGUACAUUCAUUUUUAAAAUUCCUUAUUUUACAUAUUAAACAUACCUGUGCAUAGAAGUGGAAAGCUAAGGCCAUUGGGAGCAAGGGUAUGAGUAUGAAGAGAAUACAUCAGAACUCUUUGCAAGAAUGAAAUGUGUUGAAUGAAGUCUCAUAAAGUGUUUGCCCUUAAUCCAAUGAAAAACACAGCAGAGUGAACUCAACAAGCAGCCUUAAACUGUACAGUGACAUGUGGACUGGAGUGAGUCAUGAUUAAUAACACCUUAAAUAAUGAUCUAUUAAUCAAAAAAAUCUUUGAAGACAAUGUUGUAUGUGUGCAUGACUUAGGUUACCUGGCCUUCAUGAGUCUUUGCCAGUAUGUGUCUUAAAUGGAGUGAUAUGCAGUUAAAGAAAAAUAACAAUAAACAAGACACUGAUGAGAUUAUCAGCUCCCAAAAUGA